UCCAUUAUAGAUCACACAGUAGUUGAGUUUAUGUCAACCUUUUUGGAGAUGAGUUGAUGAAAAAAUGAAAACCCGCUUUGAUUACCACUAGCUGACAGACACACGUAUCUCAAUUGAUUUGGAUUUCAGUUUACAUCAGUUUACAUCAGAUCUGCUCCCUCCAAUUUAUUGUGACUGCUCAAGAGUGAUGUAUUGGUAGCUAUUUGGUGCAUCUUUUUGUUUCAGAACCAGGACUAGACUAGGAAAAGACUGUUGGAACCACCCUGAAGCCACACACUCAUGAUGAGAGCAGCCGCGGUUUUCUCCCCACCCAACAGAGACGAAGGUCAUGAGAGCGCACCUGAGCAGUGGGAGGUUGAUCCCCAACGGUUGCCAUCAACUGUUGUUGAUGAUACUCCGCUUUUAAAUCCCCCAUCUUUAACCCGAUGUAUGACUCUUCUUCCGGAUGCUUUGUACAGACGACGACUGAAUCCGAGAGGAGAGUGGUAUGAUAACACGGUGAACAGCGACGACGACCAUCACGACCAACAAAUCGUUUCGAUGAAUACAUAUGAGGACCACAACGGUGUAUAUCAGACUCAAGUAGAAAAAAUCCCUAGGAAUUCAGAUGUCGAGGCGCACGAUUUCGAAAGUCAGUGGGAUCAUUCUGAGUUCGAUCACAGAAACUUCCCUCAGAAAACAGUUGAGACCAUGCACCAUAGAAAAACUACUGUGCGAGAGAAGGGUCGUCGGCAGGCUAUCCGUGGACCAGCCUACAUGUUCAGUGAGCGGGGCACCAGUCUCACUUCAGAGGAGGAGCGCUUCCUAGACUCUGCUGAGUAUGGGAACAUCCCAGUGGUGCGUAAGAUGCUGGAAGAGUCCAAGACCCUCAACAUCAACUGUGUGGACUACAUGGGCCAGAAUGCACUGCAGUUGGCCGUGGGUAAUGAGCACUUGGAAGUGACAGAACUACUGCUGAAGAAGGAGGGUCUAGCUCGUGUGGGCGAUGGCCUCCUCUUGGCCAUCAGUAAGGGCUAUGUACGUAUCGUAGAGGCUAUCCUGGCCCACCCUGCAUUCGGAGGUGGGCUGCGCCUCACUUUAAGCCCCCUGGAGCAGGAGCUACGAGAUGAUGACUUUUAUGCCUACGACGAAGACGGCACGCGUUUCUCCCAUGACGUGACCCCGGUCAUCCUGGCUGCACACUGCCAGGAGUACGAGAUAGUGCACACUCUGUUGAUGAAGGGAGCCCGGAUCGAGAAGCCCCAUGACUACUUCUGUAAGUGUAGCGAGUGUCAUGACAAGCAGUGCCGUGACUCGUUCAGCCACUCCCGCUCCAGGAUGAAUGCUUAUAAAGGGCUGGCCAGUGCUGCCUACCUGUCCCUGUCUAGUGAGGACCCUGUAUUCACCGCUCUGGAGCUCAGCAACGAGCUGGCUCGCCUCGCCAACAUCGAGACUGAGUUCAAGAAUGACUACAGGAAGCUGUCCAUGCAGUGUAAGGACUUUGUGGUGGGAGUGCUAGACCUAUGCAGAGACACGGAGGAGGUGGAGGCCAUUUUGAAUGGGGAUGUGGACCAAGCUCUGCCCGGCGAUCACAGUCGACCCUGCCUCAGUCGGGUCAAACUGGCCAUUAAGUACGAGGUCAAGAAGUUUGUGGCCCAUCCUAACUGCCAGCAACAGCUCCUGACCCUGUGGUAUGAGAACCUAGCUGGACUUAGGCAGCAGUCUGCUGUGGUGAAAUGCUGGAUAGUCCUGGGAGUGGCUAUUGGCCUUCCUUUCCUCUCACUCGCAUACUGGAUAGUGCCCUGCAGUAAGUUCGGUCAGAUUCUCCGUAGCCCCUUCAUGAAGUUUGUGGCCCAUGCUGUUUCAUUCACCAUCUUUCUUGGACUGCUGGUAAUCAAUGCCUCGGACCGCUUCGAGGGAGUAAAGAACCUUCCCAACGAGACUAUAACAGACCACCCUCUUCAGGUGUUCAGGGUCAAAACCAGUCAGUUCUCCUGGACUGAGAUGCUCAUCAUGAAUUGGGUGAUUGGGAUGAUCUGGUCAGAGUGUAAGGAGAUCUGGGCUGAUGGGCCAAGGGAGUACAUCAUGCACCUGUGGAACGUACUAGACUUUGGCAUGCUGUCCAUCUUCGUGGCAUCCUUCACGGCUCGGCUCAUGGCCUUCCUGAGGGCCUCUGAGGCCCAGUUGUAUGUGGACAUGUAUGUUCCCAACAUGCCCAACAUAGACCUGAGCAACGCCUCACUGCCUCCAAAUGUAGCAUAUUACACACAUGCAAGGAACAGGUGGUUACCCUCCGACCCUCAGCUCAUCUCCGAGGGUUUGUACUCCAUUGCAGUGGUGCUCAGUUUCUCCCGCAUUGCCUACAUCUUGCCUGCCAAUGAGAGCUUCGGCCCACUUCAAAUCUCCCUAGGCCGGACGGUCAAGGACAUCGUCAAGUUCAUGGUCAUUUUCAUAAUGGUCUUCCUGGCUUUCAUGAUUGGCAUGUUCAAUCUAUAUUCUUAUUACCUUGGUGCCAAGUACAACCCUGCCUUCACCACAGUGGAGGAGAGCUUUAAGACUCUAUUUUGGUCCAUCUUCGGCUUGUCUGAAGUUAUCUCUGUGGUCUUGAAGUAUGACCAUAAAUUCAUAGAGAACAUUGGUUAUGUUCUCUUUGGCGUCUACAAUGUGACCAUGGUAAUCGUACUGCUCAACAUGCUGAUUGCAAUGAUCAAUCACUCCUAUCAGGAGAUUGAGGAGGAUGCCGAUGUGGAGUGGAAGUUUGCCCGUGCUAAACUCUGGCUGUCCUACUUUGAUGAGGGGCAUACUCUUCCCCCACCAUUUAACCUGGUUCCCAGCCCCAAGUCCUUCUACUACCUAGUCCUGCGCACAAGGGCUUGUCUGGUGAGGCUGUGCAAGGCCAAAGCCUGUCUCCAAGACAACCAGCGGGAGAUGGCCAUGAUCAAUUUGCGAUUUAAGAUCAAUCAGUACAGACCUCAAACGAGGACACCAGGGCAGGAUGACUUCACCAUUAGGAAAACCAUCAAACAUCCUACUCGAUACCAGAAACUGAUGAAGAGGCUCAUUAAGCGAUAUGUGCUAAAGGCUCAGGUUGACAGUGAAAAUGACGAAAUCAAUGAAGGGGAGCUGAAGGAGAUCAAGCAGGACAUCUCCAGCCUGCGAUAUGAGCUUCUGGAAGAGAAGUCUCAGGCCACAGAAGAACUAGCUGACUUGAUCCAACAGCUUGGUGACAAGCUUAGCAAGAACGCCAAGAAACCUUGAUGGAAGUUGAGGGGUGUCCUCUGUAUAAGAGCUUUGUAUAAGACCUUCAAACUUAGAUUCAUAGUGUGUUGUUAGUGUUACGCGGAGUGGAACAGGGGAACCCAAGAGCAGAGUCAGACGAGGGGACUGGGAUGAAGUAACCAAGGUAUUUAUUGAAACAAGGGGAAGAUGGAGUGCAGGCCAGGGGGAGCUCGGUCGGGUUGCAGGAAACCAGGUGCGGAGGCUGAGGCUGGAGCGAGAGGUGUUGGUACGGGGUGAGCAGGUCCGGAGGGGAAUCCAAGGGAGUAGUAGAGUGGGGAAUCCAGGACAGAGUAGCAAGAUGACGAGACGGGAGACAGGGACCAGAGUCAGAGUGGGCGGAACUGUAGCUGAGAGGAAAACAGCAUCAGGCAAGGAAAACGGGCACAACAGGAUCUAAUAGUAACAAACGGCUAGAAGGGUAGACUGACUGAGUAGAGAUUACGAUCUGACAGUGUGGAAGUGGCAGGACUGAGGAUUUGUAGAGGUGUUGAUUAUGGACAGGUUGCAGCUGGUGGGGAUCUGCUCUGACUCCAGCACACCUGUCUCCGCCCACACAAUCACACACACACACACACACACACACACACACACACACACACACACACACACACACACACACACACACACACACACACACACACACACACACACACACACACACACACACACACACACACACAGAGAGAGAGUACUGGGGGAGUGGUGGAAGGUCAAAGAGACAGGAUGAGCAGUAGAGGGUGUUGCAGAUGUGACAGUUAGAUUAUGGGAUUGCACUCCGCAUUGAGGUAGGGUAGGCUACUUGUAGUUGUGUUCCUCUAUCGAUUUUAAAUAUAUAUUCACAUUAAUCAUUCUGAUUGUAAAAUAGUAUGAUGGGAUGUGU